AUGGGAAUGAGCACAAGAGUUGAAAGUUUGGGAAUGGAGAUUACAAUUCCCGAUCUAAGCCAAAUUUACAUACCUAAAAGAAUAAGGGGAUCUUCCGGUGGGGGAAGGAAAGAACAAAUAAAAGCCGAAACUGAUCCGUGUGUGUUGGAGGCUGCAUCUACUUUGAUGGACUUCGCCAAGACCGUUCCUAUUGUUGAAACGGAAAAAGGUAGGAACACUCGCAAAAGGAAGACGCCUACCAGCAAUGCGCCUACGACGAGGAGGAAGAUGGUUAAGAAAACCGAGUACCCAUCCAUUCCAGAGAUGUCUGACGGGAUGAGAGAGCGAAUUGUGGAAAUGGGUGGGAGGGAAAUUCAUUUAGUAAUUCAAAAACAAGUUCAACAUACCAAUAUAAGCAAGAACCAUGGCCGAUUGUCCCUGCCAAUAAAUAAACUCCGUUUCGAUUUUACGACAGAGGAGGAGAGAAGAUUGCUAAAUGAACACGAAAACAAAAACAAGAAGGGGAUGGACGUGUUGAUUAUAGAUGAUGUUGGUAGAGAAAAGAGUAUAUGCUUGAAGAAGUGGAAAAUAGGUAGCAGUGAUACGUACUGCCUGAUGACGCAGUGGAAUGCGUUGGUGGAAGAGACUGCAUUGAAAGCGGGAGAACACAUACAACUAUGGAGCUUUCGAAAAGAAGAGGCUCAACUUGGCUUAGCUUUGGUUAAAUUAGGGAGCUGUUAG